AUGAAUCGUAUAACAAUAAUAUUAAUAGUAUUAUUGGGAUUCGAUUUUCUCUACAGCAAAGCAUUCACGAUACAAUCGAUGUCACCAAUGAUUGCUUAUCGAGGUGGAAACAAUAAAUUUCGAAUUGUAUCAUCUGAUUUCCCAGUUGCGAAUCCACCAACACUCAAAGUUGUAAAUGCUGGCAAAGAAACAAUUUUCGAUUCGUUCCAACAAGUGUAUCCAGGAACAUUUGAAUGGAUUGUACCAAGUUUACCAGUAUCUAAUUUACAAAAUCAAAAGAGAACCAAUACUGAAAUUGGAACAGUUAAGUUCAUCUUUCAACUUCAAGGAUCGACUUCAAACUUUUUCGAACAAGAUUUCGAAUAUGUUGGUAUGUAUUUAUCUAUCUUUCAUUCAUUUCGUAAAUUCAUUAAAAUUAACAUUCAAAUCAAAGAACCAAGUAUAAUGAUAAGUCCUGAACAAGUUUAUACAGAUGUGGUUGGAUUAGAAAUGAUAAUGAGUGGUAAUCAUCUUAGACUUAAUAGUUUUGACCAACAACCAGAAGUCAUCUUUGAUGACACCACCUCUGUUAAUAUCAAAUCUAUUGACAAUAAUCAAAUCAUUUGUGAUAUUCCUGUUUCCAAUACUCCAAAAAUUUCGACUAUCAAGAUUCGAUUCUAUACUGGAUUGGAAAUAGAUGCUCGAAGAAAUCUGAAAUAUAUAUUACCGAUUACAAAAAGUGUUAUUCCAGACAGUGUAGCUUCUGGAGUCAGUAAGAGAAUUUCAAUAUUUGGAUUCGAAAUUGUCCAACUUACAAGUACACCAACCGUUCGAAUUGCACAACAAGAUUGUUUAAAUGUCAUCCAUCAAAAUGGAAUUUUAUCAUGUGACAGUCCAAAAAUUAAUAUUCCAUCAGGAACUUUGCAAGAAUUCGUUAUCGAAAUUGACUUUAACGGAAUAUCAAUAUCAUCUGUCAAACUGACUAUUUAUCAUCCUGAAAUUCAAAAUGUAAAUCCACCCCAAAGUUUACGGAAUGGAGGAGACACAAUCGAUAUUUUUGGUAAAUAUCUCCAAGAUAUUGAAUCUAUAUCGAUUGGUACUUCAAUUUGUAAUUUGAUUCAUGGAUCAUUCAGUCGCAAUCAAUUUAAUGACAAGAUAUCUUGUAUAACAUCUCGAUAUGAUCUUGGUGGAUCAUCUGAACAGGAUUUGGAUUUUAAUGUUGUAAUUGAUGGAAAAGUCUUCAGCCCAUUGAACAACUUUAAAUUCAAAUAUCAUUCACUCCAAAUCAAUAAAAUCAUUCCAAAUCCUGUUGUUAAUCCAGGUCUACAGAAUAUUCAAGUUCAAGGUCGGUUUGGUCAAAAUUCAAAUGUUCAAGUUGGUCAAACUCAUUUCACACCAAUUAUUAUAUCAACAAAUACAAUCACAUUUCAACUCGAUACCAAAAAUCAUGCAACAGGAAGCUAUCCAGUGACAAUCAUUGACAAUGGAAUUACAAGUAAUAUUUUAAAUAUUAAUAUCGGAGAAGGAACAUUUGUUGGUAUUAAUAUCGACAGAGGACAUUCAAAAUCAUACACACCAGUUUCAAUUCAAGUUCAUAACUUCCCAGAAGUAGAUCAAGAGAUUCUUGAUGAUGUAAUUUCAUUUAAGAUUGGAAAUCAAUAUUGUGAAUAUCUUGAAAGAUCAUCAAUUAAUUUAUUCACGUGUUCAAUACCUCCAAGAGAAGUCUCAAAUCAACCUAUUUCAUUUUCUAUCAAAGGACAAACAGUCGAUACAACAAAAGUAUUUUCAUUUGUUGAACCAAGUGUGACACAAGUUUCACGAACAAAUACCAACCCAACAGGUGGUGGUAAUUUUGAUAUCAUUGGAGUUAAUUUGGAUUUAGUAACUUUGAUUCGAUUUGGAUCAAUUGAAAUCCAAUCAUCCAGUUGCACUUUAAAUAGACAAACAAAAUUGACUUGUCAAAUACCAAGAUACAAGUCAGGAAGUUAUGGAAUUACAUUGAUUGUUAAAUCAAAUGAUGAUGAAUAUUCAUAUCCAUCGAAUUUCAAAAUCGAUUAUGUUGGUCCGAAAAUUGAUAAAUUAAUACCAAUUCAAGGAUUUGAGAAAACUAUUCAAACUCUCACAAUCGUUGGAACUUCUUUUGGAACUGUUUCCGGUCAAGUAUCAAUUUCAGUAGGAUCAUCAUCAUGUAAAAUUCAAAAAAUCACCAAUACCCAAGUAAUAUGUAAAAUGAAAGAUUUAUUGAAUUAUGGAACACAUUCAGUGACGAUCACAGUGAAUGGAGUGUCAUCUGGAGAUGAUAUUGUUUUCAAAUCAAAUAGAUUAUCAUGUCUUGGACCACCACUUCCUGACAAAAGUAACAAUGCAGUUGAUUGGUGGUUUGUCUAUAAAAUCCAUCAUACCAACGAAUAUUUAUAUAUCGACUCAACAAUGGAUCGACUCAAACGUCUUGAUAACCUUCAACAUACAACAUCUACCGAUUUCAGUGUAUUCAGUCCAAUUGAAGCUACUUUUAACCAACAUAGUUAUUAUUACUAUAUGUUUUUUAAUGAUCAACCUGAAGGAAGAGAUGAAAAAGGUGGAAGGUCAGGUACAUUUAAAUCAAAAAAUAAAAGAUUUAAUACAUUGAUGCCAAAUGGACAUGUUAAAGGAAUGGUAUUUUGGGAAGAUCCUGAUGCCAACGAUCAUAUCAAUGGAAUUCAUAUUCAUCAUUCAAAUCCAGCAUUUCCAGGUUAUACUUCAGAUGAUAAGGAUGAAUACCUCGAACCAAAAGAUGGAGUGAAAUUCCUUGGAAGACCAGAUUUCAAUCAACAUUUCUUUUGUUAUACAUUCAAUCAUCUUGAUGAUGUUGCAGAGUAUUACUUGAAGAAUGAUGGUUAUCUUCUCGAAAAAAACAAUGUCUUUCAAAAUAUGAAUAGAUGGGCAAAUGACAAACAAGAUAAAUACCCUUAUCUUUAUGAUUAUUUAUCAAUUAAUUAUAAUGUCCUUCUUAAAACACGUACACAAAGAGGAACCAAACCAGAAUCUAAAAAUCAAACACGACUUGUUGAAGAUUGUGGAACGCUUUUAACACAAAAUAUUGGACUUGAAAACAAAUGUUGGUGGAAGAAAAACCCAAUCGAAAUUGGUGGAAAUUUGAAGAUUCAAUACUUUAUGAAAAUUGGAAACAAAGAUUCUCUCUUUGUGGAUGCUAAAAUUAAUAACAAUGCAAAUCUAAAUGAAUAUGUUGUCAUGAAAACAUCAAAUACAAAAGAUGAUUCUUUCAAAAGAUUAGUGGAUGGAGUUGAUAUUUGGACAGUUCUGGCAAAAGAAAUGGAUAGAAAAUAUUUUGUGGAUUUCUUUUACGCAACAAAGACUUUUCAGACUGAUAUUUCUUCAGGAGUGUCAAAUGUUGGAUUUUUAAAUUUUCCACCAUAUCUCAGAAUUCCAAAUGAUGAUUUGUUAUUAGAAACAAAAUCUAUUCAAUUCUCUGGUUAUUCAAAUGAACAUUCGAAAUUAGGAAUUCCGAUGUAUCCUGCUUAUGGUGAUCAGGCUCUAAAUGCCAAAGAAAAUUAUUUUUGUUUUGGUGAUUCAAACAGACACAAUGGUCAAGCUGGUAGAGGAGGUGGUCUGGUUUGUAUACAACACCCAACACUUUCAUAUCAAUUCAACAGAAUGGUCCGUCAAUACAAUGUUGUAGAUAAAAAUAAUGAUUUGACAAAACCCAAUAAAGGAAACUCAGUAGAUCUAUUUUGCUCAGUUACACAACCAAUCAAAGUUCAAAGAGGUCAAUGGACUAACACAUAUGAAGUGGAGGUUAAAGAUUUCAUUAAUGGAAAUCACAUUUCUAAAUAUCCAAGAGAGAUUCAUGAAAUCACUCCAAACCUAAAGAAUAGUCCUCCUACUAUUGAUAAAAUUAGUGCUGAGUUCCCAGCACUAAGAACCACUACAAAAUUUGUUGCUCCUAAUGGAGAGAAAUCAAGUAAUGCAAUCGCACCAAUUCUACCAAGUAAUCCACCUGAUAUUAAGAAUUAUGUGGCAAAUGACUUGUUUUCACUUCAUUACAUUGCAUUUGACAAAGAUGUUGGUUCUAUUUGCAGUUUUGAUUCGACAUUGACAGAAUGCACCAAAGACAAAUCAAUUUCUUCUUUGAUAACAGAACCGAAAUAUGGUAAACCAAUCAAUUUUCCAAGUUAUUUUGGUUUCCUUUACCGAUCCCUUCAAAAUUUGAGAACAUUUGAUUUAUCUUCAAAUGAUAAUUUCAAAGUUUUGGAAUUCACAUCGAAAUUCAUGAAGAAUCUUCCAAAUGCCAAACGAAACUUCUAUCAAUUCAUGGAAUCACAAUCAAAUUCAAAUUCGAAAUCAUAUUUUGAAGCACCAUUCAUUUUUGGAGUUCAAAAGGUUUGUGAAGAAGAGAUUGCAUAUUAUAUGACACUUCAUUAUAUCUAUUAUCAAUCUGGUGCACUACCUUCUUCUUCUUUGAUUUACACAAUUGGUCUAAACAAUCCAAAUUGGGCAAAUGGUGUGAUAUUAGCAAUCUCAAAGAAACUUUACAAUGUAAUGUCGAACAAGCAAAUUCCAAAUUUCGAUAAAUGUAUGAAUAAUGUAUUUUCUAAUCUUCAAAAUAUUGAAAGUUUUCCAGAUAAUCAUGAUUUGGUUAAUCCUACUGCAGAUAUAAUUUUCAGAAGGAGUGCCAAAGCAGCAUGGGAUUGGAUGAAUCCAAACUAUUCAAAUGGUAAUGGUGGAAAAGGAGGCAAACUUUCAAGAAUUGACAAAGAUAAUAUUAUUCCAGUUCACAUUUUAUUGGAGACAGUUAUCAAAGCAAGACAGAAUGGAUAUAUCUUGAACAUGAGUAAUUUGAGAAGAUUCAUUGAUAAACAAUACAUUUCAGAAGAAAACUUUAAAACUAUUCUCGUUAAUAAUUAUAUUAUUCCAGUACCUUCAAAUCCAAUCGAUGUUAAUUCAUUCAAUUCUCAGAUUAAAAAGAAAUCAAUAAUGUUUUCAAAAUCAAUUUUGAACAAUGUUGAAAUCAAGAAUUACAAUCAGCUAUCACCACUUGUUCAAGAUGAAAGAGUCAUCAGAUCAGGAGUUCAACAAUUAAUUUCAAUCACACCAAAAUCAAUUCGAUUGGAAGAUAUUUAUUCAUUGAAUUCAAAUGAAUUGUCAAAUCUCGAGAAUUCAAUUGACAAAUGGAUCACAAUCAACGAUCAAAGUCAAGCAAUUCAAACACUAAUUAUCAAUAGUUUCAAUCAAUUUGAAAAUCAUGCAAUCAAAUUCAUUGAUGAAAUCAAUCGUGAUCUCGAUGGUAAUUCAAUCGAUCUCAGUACCCAACAAACUGAAAGUAACCAAAAAAUAAUUAGCUUAUCAUCACCAAUUUCAAUUGUUUCGAUAACAUUCAUUCUUGAAAGUAUUCUGAUGAGUAAAUCAACAAUUCAUUCAACAUUUGGAGAUUUCGAAGUGUAUUAUCUUCCAAAACCGAAUUUUUAUGAUGGUGUUUAUGGAAUGAUAAUUUCGACAAUCAAUUCACAACUUUGUGAUUUCCAAAUGAUCAGUGAAUCUGAUUUCCAAUCUAAUAAUUUCGAUAUGACAUGUCCAUCAUCAGGACCAAUCAUAACAUCAGUCAAUCAAUUGAAUGGACCAACCAAUGGUGGAUAUAAGAUUACAAUCAAUGGAAUUAGAUUCAAUUCAUCAAUGACACUCUCAGUUGGAGAACAACAAUGUGUUUCAACAGAAUUAAUUUCAAAUCAACAAAUUGUUUGUCAAGUUCCAAAAGGAAGAGGUCAAAAUAAUUUGAUUCAAAUUUCAACACAACAAAUCACAUUCAAUAUUCAGAGAUCAAAAUUCAUAUUUUCAUAUGAUUCUCCCACGAUCACAAAUAUUGAACCAGAAAUGAUCAAGAGUUAUGGAAAUGAUAUCAUGACAAUUUAUGGUUCAAAUUUUGGAGAUAAUAUCAAAGAUAUCAGAGUUUUGAUUGAUGAUAAACUUGAUUGUUCACCAAUUCUAAGUAUUUCAUCAAAUUCAAUUGCAUGUUUAACACCGAAUGCAAUUGGAGAUCAUCGACAUGUAACUGUUAUUGUUCAAGAUCAAUCUUCGAGACUUGAAUUAGGAACACUAAAAACACAAUCAUUCAGUUUCGGUGGACCAGAAAUUCUCAAAAUCGUUCCAAAAUCAGGAGAUCCAACAGAUAAAGUUGUAAUUCUUGGAAAUGGAUUUGGAAAUGAAGAAGACUCUGAUCUUCCACCUCUAUUAUUCAUUGGAGAUAAUCAAAUUGAAAUUGAUAAUUUCACCAACAAUUUCAUUGAAUUCCAAUUGGAAUAUGAGACAUCAAAACAACCACUCAUUAUCCAAUCAGGUGAUCAAACAAUCCAAUCAGAAUUCGAAUAUUAUUCAACAAUAAUCACAAAUAUCAACAACACUGAAAUUCCAACGAGUGGUGGUUUGAUUCAAUUGAAUGGAUUUGGAUUAGGAUUAUCAUCAAAUGAACAAUUGGUUGUCAAACUGAAUGGAAUCGAUUUAGAUUGCACUUCAUUCGAUUUGUUUGUUGAAUGUUAUGUUCCAUCUGGAUAUGGACAAUCAUAUCGAUUAUCAGCAACAAUCAAUGGUGUCGAACUCUUACCAAAUCAAAUAAUCUCAUAUUCAAAGCCAGUGAUCAACAAUGUUAUAAUCAAGAAUGAUUUGAUUGAAAUAUCAGGCAAUAACUUUGUUCCAAUCGAGAAUGGAUUCACUGUCACUGAAAGUUCACAGAUUGUUUUAUUCUAUGAUGGAUACACCACCACUUUCAAAUCAUUCAAAUCCAGUAUUCUUGCUGAAUGUUUGACCACUAAACUACCACAAUCUAUUCAAAUCAUCGUUGGUGGGCAAUCAUCAAAUAUUUAUAAUUUAAUUUGA